GUUGUUGAACGCAGCCCUUACAGUCCGCUCUCUCCCUCCCUCCCUCCCUCCCUCUCUUUCUUUUUUUUUUCCACCCAUCCUCCCAUCGCUCACUCACUCACUCCGUUUCAUCCAGGGUGACGCCAGUCCCUCUCACCCCGCCCCGUUCAACUCAGUCCGCUGCGUUCAUUUCAUUCCUGCUCCCAUUCCGCGCAUAUUUCGCAUCCUUGGAGAGACGCUGCGCAUUUUACGCACUCAGCGCGCCCCGAUCCUUCAUCAAGGCGAAGCCGAGGGCGGACUCCGGAGUUGGCCGAGCGCUUCCCGGUUCCGCGGCGGCUCCGAUCCGUUGGGAAAGUGUGGGAAUUAAAGGAGAAAAGCGGCGUUUGGAUCGAGGUUCUGAUGCUGGGUUCUGCUUCUGCACCGACUGGCUGACUUUUUUUUUUUCUCCCACUCCUGGCUGCGAUUUAAAUAUAUCGAUACUGAGACAAUAACAACCUUGGGCAUAGCUUUUUUAAUUUUCACCUUUACAAGUUAAUUUCCAUUAUUUAUAUAUAUUUUUAAAUCAAAACACCACCAUCAGCUAAGUACCGUCAGCUGCCAGUAUGGAGCGCAGCAGCUGGAGUGGCAGUGAGAGUCCCGGUGAGGACAUGGACAGACUCAGUGAUUCAGGAGGGGACAAGACAAUGGAUGGGGACCCUGAGGGGGUCUGGAGCCCAGACAUCGAGCAGAGCUUCCAGGAGGCCCUUGCUAUAUAUCCGCCCUGUGGGAGGAGGAAGAUUAUACUGUCAGAUGAAGGGAAGAUGUACGGGCGAAACGAGCUGAUAGCCAGAUACAUCAAACUCCGAACUGGCAAGACGCGGACAAGGAAACAGGUAUCCAGUCACAUCCAGGUCUUGGCCAGAAGAAAAUCCAGGGAGUUUCAGUCCAAACUAAAGGACCAGAAUGCCAAGGAGAAGGCUCUGCAAAGCAUCUCGUCCAUGUCCUCGGCUCAGAUCGUCUCGGCCACCGCCAUACACAGCAAGCUGCUGCCCGGAAUAGUGCGAGCCAGCUUCCCCGGCAACGCUCAGCUGUGGCAGGGGAUGAUUCCAGGAGGGCAGUCCAGCUCCACCACAGAAGACAUCAAGCCGUUCUCCCAGCAGGCCUACCCUGUGCAGACAGCAGGGACCACCACAAUCGCAGCCUAUGAGCCUGCUGCUGCAGCCCAAACACACAGAGAGCCAGCAUGGCAGGGGCGAUCCAUCGGCACCACCAAACUACGACUGGUGGAGUUUUCAUCUUUCUUAGAGACACAGAGGGAUCAGGAAGCCUACAACAAGCACCUGUUUGUGCACAUCAGCCAGAGCAACCCAAGCUACAGCGACCCGCUGCUGGAGUGUGUGGACAUCAGGCAAAUCUACGACAAGUUCCCCGAGAAGAAGGGAGGUCUGAAGGAGCUUUUCAGCAAGGGCCCGCAGAACGCAUUCUACCUGAUCAAGUUCUGGGCGGAUCUUAAUUACAUCGUACAGGAUGAGUCUGCAGCCUUCUAUGGUGUGACCAGCCAGUACGAGAGCUCAGAGAGCAUGACCAUCACCUGCUCCACAAAGGUCUGCUCCUUCGGCAAGCAGGUGGUCGAGAAAGUGGAGACGGAGCAUGCCAGGUUUGAAAAUGGACGGUUCGUCUACAGAAUCAGUCGCUCCCCCAUGUGUGAAUACAUGAUCAACUUCAUCCACAAGCUGAAGCACCUGCCGGAGAAAUACAUGAUGAACAGCGUGCUGGAGAACUUCACGAUUCUGCUGGUGGUGAGCAACAGAGACACUCUGGAGACCUUGCUGUGCAUGGCGUGUGUGUUUGAGGUGUCGAACAACGACCACGGAGCGCAGCACCACAUCUAUCGACUUGUCAAGGAAUAACACACUCCACCUCGUUAACAAAUGCACAUCUAUGGCCUUUUGCUUUUGGUGAUUAUUCACGGUGACGCUGAAUCGAGAGAUAUAGAUCCCUUAAAAAAAAAAAAAAAACUACCAAAAUUUCAGUUCACCAAAAAAAAAAAAAAAAA